CAGGGGUUUAAAUGGUUUCUGGGUUGUGAGCACCAGUUUUUCAACCUAAGACUCGGCAGGAGAGCGGAGAGGCGGCUGUGAAAGAUUGUCGUCCUUCUUCUGAGUGGCAGAGAGGGAUUUCCACGUCCCCAAGCCCUCCAGUCACUGACCUGACUGUUGAUGUGCUGAAAGUUUAUCAAGAAGGAACAAACACUCCUCCAGAUUCUCUUGAGAGUCCACUGCAAGUGAACUUCAACUCCAAGACAUGUGAAAACAGCCCAGCAUGUGAAUGAUGGUUGAGUGGUUUCAAGUUAGGCAGCCCGGUAAUUUGGGUUGAACAAUGCUUUGGCUGCAACAAAUUGUAGCGAUAGAACGUCUGUUUGUCGGGCUUUGCUUUUGAUCUUCCGUGCCAAGGUUGAGGAUACUCUCCCGAGGGGGAAAGAAAAAAGGAAAGAGAACUGGGUAGAAGAAAACGGACUUCACCCAUCACUGAAAUAUUUCGUACCUGAAGCACAACCACCUUGAGAGAAGAACAUGGUGGCCGCUCUUCACAGUCACCUGACUAAGGGGCUUGGAUUUGCUCCCGCCUCAGAGGGAAAUACACCACUACUGAGAGGCCCCCCCACAGCACCUGCACACUCACAGCCAAGCCUGGGCUUGGCCCCUGCGGACAUAUGAGAAAAGAGGACCUGCCAGUGCCACCAAGAGGGUGGGAGGCUGGCUGUUGCCAGGUCCACCCACGUGGAUCACAAUGACUGCAUGAGGUCACCGGAAUGUUGAAGAGGUGAAAUGAAACCGGCUCCUAAGUCACAAAGUCACAGGCAGGUGGGCAUCCUUUCGACAGGGCUCCCAGGAAUAGAGCUGUACCACUUCCCCCGAUGAGCCGGGGAAGUAGCUACUUAUCCCCGACAGAGUUGGGGUCCAAUCCAUGCAUAUCCUGUUCCCACCAAAGCCCACUCUCCCCACGGCUUGCUGGGACAGAAGCAUAACUCCAGGGCCCCCUGGGAUUUAUCUGUUUUUUCUUCCAGAUGAUGAACCCAAAACUGAGCCAGUGUCCCAGAACAGUGAUGAAACCCUCUACUGUGAGGCCGAGGGCUCUGUGGCUGUGGAAAAAGAGAAGGCAGCCCGGGAGAGCUCCGAAACAGACCUGGAGAUCGAAGAUAUGGAGAAAUUUUUCACCACCGGACAAAGGGAGCUGUACCUGGAGGCCUGCAAACUGACGGGCGUAGUGCCUGUCUCCUACUUUCUCCGGAACAUGGAAGAGUCCUACGUGAACCUCAACCACCACGGGCUGGGCCCCAACGGUACCAAGGCGAUUGCCAUAGCCCUGGUGUCCAACACGAGUGUCGUCACCCUGGAGCUGGCAGACAACUGUCUCAUGGAGGAGGGCCUCCUGAGCCUGGUGGAGAUGCUGCAAGAGAAUUACUACCUGCAGGAGAUGAAUAUUUCCGACAAUGAUCUUGGCUUGAAGGGGGCCAGAAUCAUCUCAGAAUUCCUUCAGAGAAAUACCUCUUCACUCUGGAACCUCCAGCUUUCAGGAAAUAACUUCAGGGACGAAUCUGCAGAAUUGUUGUGCCAAGCCCUAUCGACCAAUUACCAAAUCAAAACCCUGGAUCUCAGCCACAACCAGUUCUCUGAUAAGGGAGGAGAGCACGUGGGCCAGAUGCUGGUCUCCUCCAGCUUAGACCCCCCCCAUGGCUUCCUGCGGUUCAAAUCCUGUCUCUCAUCCUGCCGUGCUCUAAGCCACCCUCUCCUGUCCCCAUCACAUCCUCCUCUGGUCUCCCUCCUCCCACAGCUUUUCCUGAACCCUAUGAAUAUGGAUGGGGCUGUUUUACUUAUCCUGUCCAUCAAGAGGAACCCCAAAUCCAAGAUGGAAGAGAUCGACAUUUCCGUGAGUGAUCAGACGGUGCUUGCUCGCACCAGGGCGCACGCCAGUUACCACGGGCAUGCUGGGUGGGCAGGCGCCAACAGCUCUCUUUUCCUGAACCCUAUGAAUAUGGAUGGGGCUGUUUUACUUAUCCUGUCCAUCAAGAGGAACCCCAAAUCCAAGAUGGAAGAGAUCGACAUUUCCUCCGUGCAAGGCUUCUCUGAAAAGAAAGCACUUCUCCUGUGGGUGAACCCCACGAAACUGAUCCAGAGCUAUGCCGACCAGCACAAAAUCACAGUCUUAGACUUCUUCAAGAGCUUGAACCCUAAAGGAACGAUGAGGAUGCCUGUGGGCGACUUCCGGAAAGCCAUGAUCCAGCAGGACAAGGUCCCCGUAAACCUGCACCAAGUCAGGGAGCUGAUAAAGAAGCUGGAUGACAAGACAGGCAUGGUGAACUUCAGGUCAGUCUGGGCCCAGCGGCCCUCUGAUCCCGCUUCUGCCCCAGGCCCCCCCGUUCUCUGUCAGGUGCCCCGGCUGAUCCCAGCUCCAGGGGCCACCCUGUGUGCACUCGAUGAGGCACGAGCCCCACCGAGGCAGCUGGGCGCGCUCUCCCUGGCCACCAAGGCUGGCCCCACUGUCUGCGCUCCUCCUCCUAGCUUCCCUUGA